CAAGAGUGUAGUAGUGCGUGUUAGGUUGUUUUGUAUGGGCCCAAUUUUGCACUCAUAUUUGAGUUAAUGCUCUCUCUCUCUCUCUCUAUCUAUGCCUAUGCCUAUGGUGUGAAACACAGACAUAAUUAAUCACAAAUUAAAAUCCAGAGUCGCAGAGUUUUCAAUCUUACCAUCGUUCUUCACUGAGUUUCUCUCUUGCCCUCCAUUUUCUUCUUCGCACAUUUUAGGGUUCCUUUUUUUUUUGGAGGAUUACACAUUUGUUUUUCUUCACAUAAAUUAAUUGUCCCAAUCUGGGUCGUUUUGAUUUUGCACAUCAAUUUGCUCCGUCGAUCACUUUGAUUUAUGCUUUCACUUGACGAUUCGUUAUGUGGUAGCAUAGCAUUUAAAUAAGCUUGAACGGCAAAACUAUAAUUUCUCAGCUGCGAAUGGAUAGAAGAAUUCAGCCUCCCCUGGUAGAUACAACAGCAUGCCUUUGUAGAGUUGAUGCAGGCCUGAAAACUGUUGCUGGGGCUAAAAGGUACGUACCGGGUACAAAGCUAUGUCUACAGCCUGACAUUAAACCUUCAAUUCACCCAACCAGACAGAAACCACCACGUGACAAAAACAGGAGUCAAUCCCCUCUUCUACCUGGUCUCCCAGAUGACCUGGCAAUUGCAUGCUUAAUCCGCGUACCAAGAAUCGAACAUUUCAAGCUCCGUCUCGUCUGCAAAAGAUGGUAUCGUCUUUUGGCCGGUAAUUUCUUCUACUCUCUUCGGAAAAACAUCGGAAUCGCAGAGGAGUGGAUAUACAUCAUGAAGAGAGACCGAGACGGAAAACUAUCAUGGCAUGCGUAUGACCCCAUGCAUCACCUUUGGCAACCGUUACCUCCUUUACCGAGAGAAUAUUCCGAAGCCCUCGAUUUUGGGUCAGCUGUUCUUAGUGGUUGUCACCUUUACUUGUUUGGCGGGAAAGAUCCGAUUAAGGGUUCAAUGAGAAGAGUUGUGUUCUACAGUGCUAGGACGAACAAAUGGCACCGUGCACCAGAUAUGCUUAGGAGGAGACAUUUCUUUGGUUGUUGCGUAAUAAACAACUGUUUGUACGUAGCUGGUGGAGAGAAUGAAGGGACUCAUAGGUCAUUAAAAUCAGCUGAGGUUUAUGAUCCAAAUAAAAAUAGAUGGUCGUUUAUUUCAGAUAUGAAAACUGCAAUGGUGCCUUACAUAGGGGUUGUAUAUCAAGGGAAGUGGUUCUUGAAGGGGAUCGGUUCUCACAGGCAGGUACUUAGUGAGGUUUAUGAACCUGAAACCGAUCGGUGGAAUAAUGUUUAUGAUGGAAUGGUUGCUGGUUGGAGGCAUCCUUGUGCUACAAUCGAUGGCAAUUUAUACGGUUUAGAUUGCAAAGAUGGAUGCAAACUUAGAAUAUACGAUGAAACUAGUGGCUCUUGGACCAAACAUCUUGAAAGUAAAAUAAUGCAUUUAGGGAACUCGAAGGCUUUUGAGGCAGCAGCGGUUCUCCCUCUUAAUGGGAAAUUGUGCAUUAUCAGAAAUAAUAUGAGUAUUUCUCUUGUUGAUGUCUCUAAAUAUGACCAUGGCAACGCUGCUGCUGACCAUUUAUGGGAGAAUAUAUCGGAGAAAGGGCACUUGAAAACUUUAUUUACAAACUUUUUGUCAAACCUUGCUGGCAGAAACCGCUUCAAAAAUCGCGUUGUUCACUGUCAGGUUCUUCAAGCUUGAGGAGGGAGGGUGGGUUAUAUAUCUGGUCAUGGCAAUUCUCGUGUUUUUUUUCUUGGCCCGAGGAGGGAGACAGGACAAGCGACAGGUGAUAUGGAAAAUAGUUUGACAUUUUUAGCAAAAUUUGUACCUAAUGCCCUGCCUUUGUUGUCACAGGUUUAUGAUUUUAGUGUUGUAAGUUGCAACUGAUAGGUUUUAGAUAGAGAAGAUAAGUGUUUACUUUUUUUUUAAAAUCCUUUUGUUGGACAUUUUGGACAUAUUUUAUGAUCAUACAGUUUGUUGUUCAUGUUCUGAAAUGAAGAGCUUAUGCAUUUGUUGCAC